UUUUUUUUUUUUCCUCUCUUCUCGUUGGUGUUGUUGCUAAGCGUGCUGUGGAGCCUGGUCUUGUUCUUUUGGUGCUGGUGGUGCUCUGAUCCUUCUUUCCUUCUUUCGUUGCUUGCUUUCGUGGGUCUCUUCUAUAUAUGUGUACAUAUCUCUGGCAAGGAUAGGACUUGGCAUCUUCCAUAUGUAUGCGUCGUAGGACAGACCCAACAUCUGGUGCAGAGCUGAGGAGUCCUUGCAAAUGCACAGACGCGGGCAGUAGCGGCAGCAAACCAACUACCAUACAAAUAUGCUGCGAGCGAUGCGAUGAUAUCAAAACAAAGAGGGGGAAAAAUCCAUCCAAAAAGCCUGGCUUCGGCAAUUACAACCUCGCGAGCUGGACAGAGAAGGUGCCGCUUCAUCUUCAUACCAUUUUGACAUCAAUCAGGCUCACCAGUGAAUCAGGAAGGGAGCGAGCGCUUGGCUACUGCUACUUAUACUACGUUGUACAAGUCCUUAGAGCUUAACCAGGUUCCAGCGACUGUACACUGUAAACAAGCAACUUGGAGUUUCCCAGACUUACAAGAGGACGACGACUCUACUCACAGGGAAAACCAGGACUCGAGGGUAUAUCAGACGAGGACAAAGGUUUUGAUGCUGCUGGGCUCGUAGUGGAAACAAGGCUUCUCAACAAGUCAAGUGGUGGUGGCACUGGAGGAGGUACCUUUUAGCUAAGCUAAGAAGGAGCUCUAUACUCGGAAGAGGUAGAAGUCUAGAAGGCCGGAAUUCGAGACAGGGCAUGGGGACGAAUACGAACUCGACGAGCAUUACACCGGAAAAACGGAAGACAGAGCAGGGAAUGCUCCGGACUUCAGCAGCUACGCUGGUGGUUUUGGCUCUCCUUCUCCUCCAACAGGCUCAACUUUCCUCUUCUCAAGCCUCUCAGGAUGCUGUCAAUCUCCUGGCAUUGAAACUGGACAUCGUGGAUGGGCUGGGAUAUCUAUCGGACUGGAAAGAUUCUACGACAACGCCAUGCAGCUGGACGGGUGUGACUUGCGACGACGAGCACCAGAUAUCCAGCUUGAAUCUCGCCUCCAUGAACCUGACAGGUAGAGUCAAUGAAAACAUUGGUCUGCUCAGCUCGCUUUCAGUGCUCAACCUCAGCGACAACUCCCUCAGCGGCGAUCUUCCGCUGGCGAUGACAAGCCUCACGAAUCUCGACACCCUGGACAUCAGUGAGAAUCAAUUCACCGGUCGUCUCACCAAUGCGAUUGCCAAUUUACAUCUCUUGACGUUCUUCUCGGCUCAUGACAACAACUUCACGGGACCGCUGCCGUCGCAGAUGGCUCGUCUGGUCGACUUGGAGCUGCUCGACUUGGCUGGAAGCUAUUUCUCUGGGAGCAUCCCUCCGGAGUAUGGGAAUCUGACCAAGCUCAAGACGCUCAAGCUCUCUGGGAACUUGCUCACUGGGGAGAUACCGGCAGAGUUGGGGAACUUGGUAGAGUUGAACCACUUGGAACUUGGCUACAACAAUUACAGCGGAGGAAUUCCAAGAGAGUUUGGGAAGCUCGUCCAGCUCGAGUACCUGGAUAUGUCGCUGACAGGCCUCUCCGGAAGCAUACCAGCAGAGAUGGGAAACUUGGUCCAGUGCCACACCGUUUUUCUCUACAAGAACAGGCUCUCCGGGAUUCUACCUCCAGAGAUUGGCAACAUGAGCGGACUUAUGUCACUGGAUAUCUCGGACAAUCAACUCAGCGGGCCAAUUCCGGAAAGCUUCUCGAGGCUGGCCAGGCUCACUCUCCUCCAUCUCAUGAUGAACAACUUAAACGGUUCCAUUCCCGAGCAGCUGGGAGAGCUAGAAAAUCUGGAGACUCUAUCCGUGUGGAAUAAUCUCAUCACCGGGACGAUUCCUCCUCGACUCGGCCAUACGAGGAGCUUGAGCUGGAUCGACGUCUCGUCCAAUCUUAUAUCGGGGGAGAUCCCUCGCGGGAUCUGCAAAGGUGGCUCUUUGAUCAAGCUGGAGCUCUUCUCCAAUUCUCUCACCGGUACCAUCCCCGACAUGACUAACUGUAAGUGGCUCUUUCGAGCUCGGUUCCACGACAACCAUCUCUCGGGCCCGAUACCAGCGGCAUUCGGGGCCAUGCCGAAUCUCACGCGGCUGGAACUCUCCAAGAACUGGCUCAACGGAAGCAUUCCGGAAGAUAUCUCGGCCGCUCCACGCCUGGCUUUCAUCGACAUCUCCAGCAACAGGCUGGAAGGCAGUAUACCGCCGCGAGUGUGGAGCAUACCGCAGCUGCAAGAGCUCCAUGCAGCCGGGAACGCGCUCUCCGGGGAGCUCACCCCGUCUGUAGCCAAUGCAACGAGAAUGCUGGUGCUGGACCUGUCCGAGAACAAGCUCCAGGGGCCGAUACCACCCGAGAUCGUCUACUGCUCUAAGUUGGUCACGCUCAACCUCCGGAAGAACACGCUGAGCGGACAAAUCCCGGUGGCUCUAGCUUUGCUCCCGGUCCUCUCCGUCUUGGACCUGUCGUGGAACUCUCUCCAAGGGAGAAUCCCAGCACAGUUUUCGCAGUCCCGGAGCUUGGAGGACUUCAACGUCUCAUACAAUAGUUUGUCCGGACAGCUCCCGACGUCCGGACUAUUCUCGUCUGCGAACCAGAGUGUCUUUGCCGGGAACCUCGGGCUGUGUGGAGGAAUUCUUCCACCCUGCGGCUCAAGAGGGAGCUCCUCCAAUUCAGCUGGUGCCUCGUCGAGAAGAACGGGACAGUGGCUCAUGGCAAUCUUCUUCGGGCUGUCAUUCGUCAUACUCUUGGUCGGAGUGAGGUAUCUCCACAAGCGCUACGGAUGGAACUUCCCGUGUGGAUACCGGAGCAAGCAUUGCGUCCGAGAUUCGGCCGGUUCCUGCGAGUGGCCGUGGAAGAUGACGGCCUUCCAGCGGCUGGGCUUCACGGUGGAGGAGCUUCUCGAGUGCAUCCGUGACAAGAACAUCAUCGGCAAAGGCGGGAUGGGGGUGGUGUACAAGGCCGAGAUGGCGAGCGGCGAGGUGGUGGCGCUCAAGCAGCUUUGCAACAACAAAGAGAGCUACUACACCGACCAGGGGUUCCUGUCCGAGGUGAAAGUUCUGGGGGGGAUAAGGCACAGGAACAUCGUCCGGCUGCUGGGAUACUGCUCCAAUCACCACACCGACAUGCUGCUCUACGAGUACAUGCCGAAUGGAAGCUUGAGUGAUCUUCUCCACGGACAGAAGAACUCUUCCAGCCUCUUGGCGGACUGGGUUGCGAGGUACAACAUCGCAAUGGGAGUGGCGCAGGGGCUGGCUUACUUGCACCACGACUGCUUCCCUCACGUCAUAAUUCACAGGGAUGUCAAGUCGAGCAACAUUCUCCUGGAUCACAACAUGGACGCCAGAGUUGCGGACUUUGGUCUUGCAAAGCUGAUCGAGGCGCGAGAAUCCAUGUCCGUUGUUGCUGGCUCGUAUGGUUACAUCGCUCCAGAGUACGCGUACACGAUGAAAGUGAGAGAGAAAGGUGACAUAUACAGCUACGGCGUGGUGCUGCUGGAGCUCCUCACUGGCAAGCGGCCAAUCGAGCCAGAGUUUGGAGAAGGCAGCAACAUCGUCGACUGGGUCCACUCCAAGCUGCGAAAGGGGCGGCUGGUGGAAGUUCUCGACUGGAGCAUUGGCGGCUGUGAGAGCGUCCGUGAGGAGAUGCUGCUGGUGCUCAGAGUGGCGAUGCUGUGCACAAGCAGGGCCCCUCGCGACAGGCCAACGAUGCGAGACGUGGUGUCCAUGCUCAUCGAGGCGCAGCCCAGGAGAAAGCAACUCAGCGCCAUCUCUAGCAGCAAAGCUAGCAGUGGCAAGAGGAGGAGCAAUGAUCAAGACGAUGACGAAGAGGCUAAAGAAAAGGAGGAGCAAGAGGAGGAAAGCUCACAGCAGCAGCAAAAGAAGAAGAAUAAGAAGAUGAAGAAGCACGAACUGGAAGAACUCCAAGAAUCUCUAUCAUAGUUAUAAAUAACAUUAAUAUUGAAUGCAACAAUGUUAUGAUAAUCGAUAAGGCAAAGUAAUGUAUUUCAUUC